AUGAAUUAGAUUUAUCAUGAUUCUCUAUUAUAGGCUUUGAAAACUCAAAUCUUAGUUCCAAUAACCUUAGAUUGCCGUUAUCUCAAAGAGGCUCUAAGUGAAAUUUCUAACGAAUAACAGUUUUUAUAAAUAGAAGACUAUUUCUUAAACUAGGACUUGAUUGAUGGAGUAAAUAAACGAUCAAUUAAACUAAUGAUUGAGUGUAUUAAAAUACUUCGAAAGUAUAUGUUUAUUGGAUGGAAUGUCAGCCCUAAAUUUAUUGAAGUAUUUUUGAAUCUAAAAAUAGGAUAUUGUAUAUGAAUUCAUUGAUAGAAGUGUAGAAGAAUGGAAAGAGCCUGUUUUUUUUGUGUAACGACUUCCAGAAAUUAAAGUUUAAAUAAAAGGAUAUUAUAAGACAUUUUAAGAAAACGCAUUCGAGUAAUUUAUGUUAGUAAUACAUUAGAUUAUGUGAUACUUUGAUCUCAGAAUUAUGUGAUGAUUAUUUAAAUAGUGCAUAAUUGAAUAUAUUAUUGAAUGAAAUUUUGGAAUCUCAAUUAAAGAGAGUUGCAUAUGAUCUUUUUGAAUUUGCUUAUCUCGAUACAUAACUCACAACUGAAUUUUUGGAUAAUCUAUAAAAAUUGUUUAUUGAUUUAGUUACUGAUUUUUCUAAUUAUUUAAUAGAUGUUGCAUGUCAUGCUAAUUAUAAAAUGCAAUAAUUAGAUAAACUAUUGAAAAUUUAUGGAAGUUUAGCAAAUUAAGAAAAUUAUAAAUAUAUGUAGAAGGAAGUAUCAUAAAAUAUUAUUGAUUAUGGUGAUAUAACAUUAGUUGGAUAAUCAUUUUAAGUAAAUCAAGAAAAACACUCAGUAAUUGUAAAAUAAACAAUUAAACAUUUUUAUUAUGUAAUGGAUGAAUGUAAACAAUUAUUUACAGCCAAAUGGCAUAAAAAUUUUGAUGAAUUAAUUAAUAAUGCUUAAUUUAAUCUUAUUAAACCUCUACCAUAAAAUAUUUAAGUUAUAUAAGAUUAAGAUGAUAUUUUACUUAUGGAAUAAUGUCAUGAUAUUAAAGUAAUUAAAUCAUAAAAAGUAUAAAAAAAUGAUUUAAAAGGAUUAAAAAUUCUUGUUAAAGAUGAUAAAAAUAAUAAAGUUUAAUAAUUUAUUUUAAGUUUAUCUUAUCAUUAUUUGAUGUUUCAUAAAUUUGAAUAAGGUUGGGAAGCAUUUGAUGAUGAAAAAGAAUAAAAUAUUCUUUUAGCUAAAUUUUUAAAUGAAUAAUUUGAUUAUCUUCAUUGUGGACAUCCUGAAUUCAAAAAAAGAGUUGCUAGUGAAAAAUCUAUUGAUAGAACUGCUGAUGAUAUUUCUGGAUUCAAAAAUGCUGUCUUUAAAUUCAAAAAAAUUAGUGCUCCAAAAAAACCAAUUAGAUAUGGAACUUCUAAUAGAGUAAUAGGUGGUAAAGCACUUGGAAUGGGUAUAGGUGUUCUUAUUGUUGAUUGUCUUGAUGAAGAUAUUCCUUGGGAUGAUAAAUUAAAAAAUGCUGGAUUUACAGCUAUUUCUUUUGGUGUUCUUGGUCUUCUUGCUUCUAGAUUGCCUAUUGUAGGUAUUAUCAUUUAACAAGUGAUUUUGGCCUUAGCUGUUAAAUCUAUUCUAGCUAAUAAAGUUAUUAAUGAUUCUCAAACAGCCAAAAAUCUAGGUCAUUUAGGUCUAAUCAUUACUAUAGGUGUUGGAAUGACAAUUGCUGGUAGCAUUCUAUUUCCAGUUGCAUUUUGGGGAGCAUUCUUUGGUGGUCUAUUAGGUGGUGUUGGUAUGGGAUUAUAUUAAAAAUUUUUAAUACCUUAUUAUAUGGAUAAUAUUGUAGAGAUGAUGAACAAAGCUAGUAAAUUAAUUAGGAAAAAUGGUGUUGUUAGAUAUAAACCAUAUGCAUUAUAAAAAUUAUAAAUUGAUGAUAAAUUUUUAUCUACUCAUAAACCAUCUAAGAUGCAUGAUGAUUAAUAUUUCACUUUACUUAUGUUUUGUUUAAGUAAUGAAAUUAGAUUGAUAAGUACUGCAUCAUAUGCAAAAUAAUUGGAAAAGUUAAAAUCAAAAAAUGCUAAAGAAUAGGAAAAAGCUGAUUUAUUGUAAAGAUAAUGUUAAAUAGAAGUUUCAUUAAAAGUUUGGAAUGAUACUUAUGAUUAUCUUAAAUCUAAUAAUGUAAGUUUGGUUGACAAUGCUAAAUCUUGUGCUGAAUUUGUCGAUGGUAUGCUUACAAAUUAUAAAGUUGAAUGA